AUGCACGUCCAGGCCGAGGCGACGCAGGGCGGUCGCGCUGAAGAUGCCCGCCUGCAGGAGCAGGUAUUGGGUGUCCUGGAGGCUGGGCCAGGUCCCCGAGGUGCAGCCCCUGUGCCCCAGGAGGCGGCCCUGGUGACAAUGGGCUGCUCUGAUUCCGGGGCUGGCGCUUUGUUGGCGGGCGGGGCCUUGAGCCUUGCAGCUGUCGCCUUUUCCCACGAGCUGGGGGGGGCUGACCUCUCGUCUUGCCCCUCCCCAGGCCUGCGAUGUUCCCAGCCCAGUGAGAGCUGCUUGAAUGGCGGGAAGUGUGAAGUGUUCCCCAACGGCACUGAAGCCUGUGUCUGCAGCGGGGCCUUCGUGGGCCAGCGAUGCCAGGCACCCAGCCCCUGCCUCAGCGCCCCCUGCAAGAACGCCGGGACGUGCCACGUGGUGGACCGCGGAGGCCUGGUCGACUACAUCUGCACCUGCCGCCUGGGCUUCUCCGGGCCCCUCUGCCUGACGCCCCAAGACAACGCCUGCCUCUCCACCCCCUGUCGCAACGGGGGCACCUGUGACCUGCUCACGCUCACCGAGUACAAGUGCCGCUGCCCCCCGGGCUGGUCAGGGAAGACGUGCCAGCAGGCCGACCCGUGCGCCUCCAACCCCUGUGCCAAUGGCGGCCAGUGCCUGCCCUUCGAGGCUUCAUACAUCUGCGGCUGCCCGCACGGCUUCCACGGCCCCACCUGCAGGCAGGACGUGAAUGAGUGCAGCCAGAACCCCAGGCUCUGCCAAAACGGGGGCACCUGCCACAACGAGGUUGGCUCCUACCGCUGCACCUGCCGUACCGCCCACACCGGCCCCCACUGCGAGCUGCCCUACGUGCCCUGCAGCCCCUCCCCCUGCCAGAACGGGGGCACCUGCCGCCCCACGGGGGACACCACCCACGAGUGCGCCUGCCUGCCAGGCUUCACCGGCCAGAACUGCGAGGAGAACGUGGAUGACUGUCCCGGCAACAAUUGCAAGAACGGAGGUGCUUGCGUGGACGGCGUAAACACCUACAACUGCCGCUGUCCCCCAGAGUGGACAGGUCAGUACUGCACCGAGGACGUGGACGAGUGCCAGCUCAUGCCCAACGCCUGCCAGAACGGCGGCACCUGCCACAACAGCCACGGGGGCUAUAACUGCGUGUGCGUCAACGGCUGGACGGGCGAGGACUGCAGCGAGAACAUUGACGACUGCGCCAGCGCCGCCUGCUUCCACGGCGCCACCUGCCACGACCGCGUGGCCUCCUUCUACUGCGAGUGUCCCCACGGCCGCACGGGCCUGCUCUGCCACCUGAACGACGCCUGCAUCAGCAACCCUUGCAACGAGGGCUCCAACUGCGACACCAACCCCGUGAACGGCAAAGCCAUCUGCACCUGCCCCUCGGGGUACACGGGGCCGGCCUGCAGCCAGGACGUGGACGAGUGCUCGCUGGGUGCCAACCCCUGUGAGCACGCGGGCAAGUGCAUCAACACGCUGGGCUCCUUCGAGUGCCAGUGUCUACAAGGCUACACCGGCCCCCGCUGCGAGAUCGACGUCAAUGAGUGCAUCUCGAACCCGUGUCAGAAUGAGGCCACCUGCCUGGACCAGAUCGGGGAGUUCCAGUGCAUCUGCAUGCCCGGCUACGAGGGCGUGCACUGUGAGGUCAACACAGACGAGUGUGCCAGUAGCCCCUGUCUCCAGAACGGCCGCUGCCUGGACAAAAUCAACGAGUUUCUGUGCGAGUGCUCCACGGGCUUCACCGGACAUCUGUGUCAGUAUGACGUGGACGAGUGUGCAAGCACGCCCUGCAAGAACGGCGCCAAGUGCCUGGACGGGCCCAACACCUACACCUGCGUGUGCACAGAAGGCUACACGGGGCCGCACUGCGAGGUGGACAUCGACGAGUGUGACCCCGAUCCCUGCCACUAUGGGGUGUGCAAGGACGGGGUGGCCACCUUCACCUGCCUGUGCCGGCCGGGCUAUACGGGCCACCACUGCGAGAGCAACAUCAACGAGUGUCACAGCCAGCCCUGUCGGCACGGCGGCACCUGCCAGGACCGCGACAACGCCUAUCUCUGCUCCUGCCUCAAGGGGACCACAGGACCCAACUGUGAGACGAACCUGGACGACUGCGUCAGCAGCCCCUGCGACUCGGGCACGUGCCUGGACAAGAUCGACGGCUACGAGUGUGCGUGCGAGCCUGGCUACACGGGGAGCAUGUGCAACGUGAACAUCGACGAGUGCGCGGGCAACCCCUGCCACCACGGGGGUACCUGUGAGGACGGUGUCAACAGCUUCACGUGCCGCUGCCCCGAGGGCUACCACGGCCCCACGUGCCUGUCCGAGGUCAACGAGUGCAGCAGCGACCCCUGCAUCCACGGGGCCUGCCGGGACAGCCUCAACGGGUACAAGUGUGACUGUGACCCCGGGUGGAGCGGGGCCAACUGUGACGUGAACAACGACGAGUGUGAGUCCAACCCGUGUGCGAACGGAGGCGCCUGCCGAGACAUGACCAGCGGCUACGUGUGCACCUGCCGCGAGGGCUUCAGUGGCCCCAACUGCCAAACCAACAUCAACGAGUGUGCGUCCAACCCGUGCCUGAACCAGGGCUCGUGCAUCGAUGACGUGGCCGGGUACAAGUGCAACUGUCCGCUGCCCUACACAGGAGCCACGUGCGAGGUGGUGCUGGCCCCGUGCGCCCCCGGCCCCUGCAGAAACGGGGGUGUGUGCAAAGAGUCUGAGGACUAUGAGAGUUUCUCCUGCAUCUGCCCCACGGGCUGGCAAGGACAGACCUGUGAGGUCGACAUUAACGAGUGUGUGAAGAGCCCGUGCCGCAACGGGGCCUCGUGCCAGAACACUAACGGCGGCUAUCGUUGCCGCUGCCGCGCAGGCUACACGGGGCACAACUGCGAGACGGACGUGGACGACUGCCGGCCAAAUCCAUGCCACAACGGCGGUUCCUGCACCGACGGCGUCAACACCGCUUUCUGCGACUGCCUGCCCGGCUUCCGGGGGCCCUUCUGCGAGGAGGACAUCAACGAGUGCGCCAGCAACCCAUGCCGCCACGGGGCCAACUGCACGGACUGCGUGGACAGCUACACCUGCACCUGCCCCACGGGCUUCAGCGGGAUCCACUGUGAGAACAACACGCCCGACUGCACAGAGAGCUCUUGCUUUAAUGGCGGCACCUGUGUGGAUGGCAUCAACUCCUUCACCUGCCUGUGUCCGCCGGGCUUCACGGGCAGCUACUGUCAGCACGACGUCAACGAGUGCGACUCGCGGCCCUGCCUGCACGGCGGCACCUGCCAGGACAGCUACGGGACCUACAAGUGCACCUGCCCGCAGGGCUACACGGGCCUCAACUGCCAGGUGAGCCAGCGGGCUACAGGGGGGCCCGGCAGGAGCCCCCUGUACGACCAGUACUGCAAGGACCACUUCGGCGACGGGCACUGCGACCAGGGCUGCAACAGCGCCGAGUGCGAGUGGGACGGGCUGGACUGCGCGGAGCACGUGCCCGAGCGGCUGGCGGCCGGCGCGCUGGUGCUGGUCGUGCUGACCCCGCCCGCGCAGCUGCGCAACAACUCGCUGCACUUCCUGCGGGAGCUCAGUCGCCUGCUGCACACCAACGUGGUGUUCAAGCGCGACGCCCAUGGCCAGCCCAUGAUCUUCCCGUACUACGGCCGCGAGGAGGAGCUGCGCAAACACCCCAUCAAGCGCGCGGCGGACGCCUGGGCCGCGCCUGGGGCCCUGCUCGACCGGGUGGAGGCCGCCCUGCUCCCGCGGGGCCUGGCGGGCCGCCGGCGCAGGGAGCUGGACCCCAUGGACAUCCGCGGAUCCAUCGUCUACCUGGAGAUCGACAACCGGCAGUGUGUCCAGUCCUCCUCACAAUGCUUCCAGAGCGCCACGGACGUGGCCGCCUUCCUGGGCGCACUUGCCUCACUGGGGAGCCUCAACAUCCCUUAUAAGAUCGAGGCCGUGCAGAGUGAGACCGUGGAGCCGCCCCCGCCCCCGCAGCUGCACUUCAUGUACGUGGCUGUGGCCGCCUUCGUGCUGCUCUUCUUCGUGGGCUGUGGGGUGCUGCUGUCCCGGAAGCGCCGGCGGCAGCAUGGACAGCUCUGGUUCCCCGAAGGCUUCAAGGUCUCAGAGGCCAGCAAGAAGAAGCGGCGGGAGCCCCUCGGCGAGGACUCCGUGGGCCUCAAGCCCCUGAAGAAUGCCUCAGAUGGCGCUCUCAUGGACGACAACCAGAACGAGUGGGGGGAUGAGGACCUGGAGGCCAAAAAGUUCCGGUUCGAGGAGCCGGUGGUUCUUCCUGACCUGGAUGACCAGACAGACCACCGGCAAUGGACCCAGCAGCACCUGGACGCUGCCGACCUGCGUGUGUCGGCCAUGGCCCCCACACCACCCCAGGGCGAAGCUGACACUGACUGCAUGGACGUCAACGUCCGAGGGCCAGACGGCUUCACGCCCCUCAUGAUCGCCUCCUGCAGCGGAGGGGGCCUGGAGACGGGCAACAGCGAGGAGGAGGAGGACGCGCCGGCCGUCAUCUCUGACUUCAUCUACCAGGGUGCCAGUCUGCACAACCAGACAGACCGCACUGGCGAGACCGCCCUGCACCUGGCCGCCCGCUACUCGCGCUCCGACGCGGCCAAGCGCCUGCUGGAGGCCAGCGCAGACGCCAACAUCCAGGACAACAUGGGACGCACCCCGCUGCACGCCGCCGUGUCUGCCGACGCGCAGGGAGUCUUCCAGAUCCUCAUCCGGAACCGGGCCACGGACCUGGACGCCCGUAUGCACGAUGGCACGACACCGCUGAUCCUGGCGGCCCGCCUGGCUGUCGAGGGCAUGCUGGAGGACCUGAUCAACUCGCACGCCGACGUCAAUGCCGUGGACGACCUGGGCAAGUCUGCCCUGCACUGGGCCGCCGCCGUGAAUAACGUGGAGGCUGCCGUCGUGCUUCUGAAGAACGGGGCCAACAAAGACAUGCAGAACAACAAGGAGGAGACGCCCCUGUUCCUGGCUGCUCGGGAGGGCAGCUACGAGACCGCCAAGGUGCUGCUGGACCACUUCGCCAACCGGGACAUCACAGACCACAUGGACCGCCUGCCUCGCGACAUUGCUCAGGAGCGUAUGCACCACGACAUCGUGCGGCUGCUGGAUGAGUACAGCCUGGUGCGCAGCCCCCAGCUGCACGGCCCUGCCCUGGGCGGUGCGCCCACCCUGUCCCCGCCGCUCUGCUCUCCCAACGGCUACCUGGGCAACCUCAAGCCGGCCGUGCCGGGCAAGAAGGCCCGCAAGCCCAGCACCAAGGGCCUGGCCUGUGGCGGCAAGGAGGCCAAGGACCUCAAGGCGCGCAGGAAGAAAUCCCAGGACGGCAAGGGCUGCCUGCUGGACAGCUCGAGCGUGCUGUCGCCCGUGGACUCCCUUGAGUCGCCCCACGGCUACCUGUCGGACGUGGCCUCGCCGCCCCUCCUGUCCUCUCCGUUCCAGCAGUCCCCGUCCGUGCCCCUGAGCCACUUGCCCGGCAUGCCUGACGCCCACCUGGGUGCUGGCCACCUGAGCGUGGCUGCCAAGCCCGAGAUGGCAGCGCUGGGUGCGGGUGGCCGGCUGGCCUUUGAGGCGGGACCGCCGCGGCUCUCCCACCUGCCCGUGGCCUCCAGCACCGGCGCCGUCCUGGGCACCGCAGGUGCUGGCGGCGGAGGCGGGGCCGUGAAUUUCACCGUGGGCGGGACCGUGGGCGGGGCCGCGGGCUUGAACGGCCAGUGCGAGUGGCUGUCCCGGCUGCAGAACGGCCUGAUGCCAAACCAGUACAACCCGCUGCGAGGGAACGUGGCGUCGGGCCCCCUGAGCACGCAGGCCCCUGCCCUGCAGCACGGAAUGAUGGGCCCGCUGCAUGCCGGCCUCUCCACCACGGCCGCCCUGUCGCAGAUGAUGAGCUACCAGGCCCUGCCCAACACGCGCCUGGCCGGCCAGCCGCACCUGGUGCAGACCCAGCCGCUGCAGCAGGUGCAGCAACAGCAACAGAACUUGCAGCUGCAGCAGCCCGGCCUGCAGCCGCCCAACGUCCAGCAGCCGCAGGGCCUGCCGCCCCAGCCGCACCUCAGCGUGAGCUCGGCCGCCGGCGGCCACCUGGGCCGGAGCUUCCUGGGCGGGGAGCCGAGCCAGGCGGACGUGCAGCCGCUGGGCCCCAGCAGCCUGGCGGUGCACACCAUCCUGCCGCAGGACAGCCAGGCCCUGCCCACCGCCCUGCCCGCCACGCUGGCCCCGCCCAUGACCACGGCUCAGUUCCUGACCCCGCCCUCGCAGCACAGCUACUCUUCCUCGCCGGCGGACAACACCCCCAGCCACCAGCUGCAGGUGCCUGAGCACCCCUUCCUCACCCCGUCCCCCGAGUCCCCGGACCAGUGGUCCAGCUCGUCACCACAUUCCCACGUCUCUGACUGGUCUGAGGGCAUCUCCAGCCCGCCCACCAGCACGCAGUCCCACAUCGCGCACAUUCCGGAGGCGCUCAAGUAAACAGCCGGCGCCCCGGCGGGACCCUGUGCUUCCUUUCCCAAGCCCUGCUGGGGCCGCCUGCAUGCUCCGCAUGGACACCGGGACGGACCGAGGGGGCUUUUUCUUAAGAAACAUGUUUUUGUACAAAAUAAAAGGACAAGGAUUUUAAUUUUUUUUUUUAGUAUUUAUUUAUGUACUUUUAUUUUACAAGGAAACACUGCCUUUUUAUUUAUACGUAAUGUUUUCUAUGGCUUCAGGUAACAGCUUUUAUCUGUUCCAAGAAAAUAAAGUAGUUCUCAGCCAGGAUUUUCGUACUUAAGAUAACUCUUGUUACGUAUUUGUAAAAUAUAAACAAAGAUUCAUGAUUAAUAAAUGCCAUUUAUUUAUUGAUUUUUUUUUUUUUUCCCUUCAAAAUCCAAAAAGAAACGAUGUUGGAGAAGGGAGGCUUGAACCAGCAUCGUCCAGAAAGCUGCCAGGGUGCCUGGGCCUGCUGCCAGGUCCCCAGACGCCCCCCACCCCGCACCCGGCCCCGAGCCUCCUGCACGCAUCACCUGUCUUGUGCGAGGAGAUGCAUCUAGACGCAAACAAUAAGACAGAACUUUUGUCAACACCUUUGGCAUGUGGAUUAAUUUGCAUCUAAAAUAGGAACGUAAAAUGUAAAAUGAUGUGGUUUAUACAUUUUGGUGGCUUUUUUUAAAAUGAUUUUUUUGAAAACAUGCUUUUAAAGAUGUGUUCUUGGGGUGUCCCAAGAACACAUUUCAUGGUACCGAUCAUGAAUCUUUGUUUUGGGUUCAGUAUUACCCAGUUGUUGAUUGGUCUUGUGAGUUCCUGUUCCUUCUAGAAGCUCCUCUGCCCCCACCCUGGCCUGGAUGUUUAAGCAUUGUGUAAGAGUGAGGAGUCAGGUGGCUGUGGGGCACCCACCUGGGACGCCACGUGGAGGAAUCCUACCCUUUUCUGCAGAGAGACACUGCCUGGGCCACCCCGAUGGACCGGCAGCACUGGGCCUAGGCUCAGCUCGAGGCCCCGUUUUCACGAGAGACUUCCCGGAGCAACCUCUGUCCAGGCUUUGGAGAAACGUGGCUGUGUCCGGCCUCGGUUUGCAGAGACGGCUCAUCCCAAGGCCUGGCGCAGCUCAAGGGUGCAAGCAGCUGAGGUGGUGCCCCCAGGGCCACAGAAGCCAGCUCGAGGGCCACCCCUCCCAGUCUGGGGGUGGGGGGCGUGUACCCGGGGAGGGAGCAGAUUCUUGCAAUAUCAAGUAUAAGCCUGUGGCAAAGUAAAUAUCUGUAAAUACAUUUUUAAAGGUGGAUUUUGUUUAAAAAAUCUGAAUGAACAAGUCUGUCGGGGGUCAUGCUGACGAGGGAUGUCAGAACAUGGCUCUGCUCACGACCCAGGCCUGGCAACCUGACCUGCCGCCGCCUGGACCGUAGCUCCGAAGAGCAAACCCAGGGAAGGCUUCCCGCUGCCUCCUCCAGGCAGCCUCCCCGGCCUUGCGGGGGGCAGUGUUGUGCCAUCCCUAGUGGGCAUGACCAGACAUGCCCUAAGAUAUUGACUCUUACUGUGUUUUGUAAAAAUAGAGUGUAGUUUACAGAAAAAGGAAACUUUUUAAAAAAGUUACCUGCGUGCAAAACUGUAGGCGAUGAAAAUGCUGUUAUUUUUUUUUCAUCUUUUUUUGUUAACUGAUUUGCAAUAAAAGUAAUGCUGAUGGUCAUCCCGAUUUUGCUAAA